AUGGUGUCAGGCAACCAUCCCUUUCUAAGAAAGAUAUUGACAACAUAUGAGAUGAGCAGCACAGAGAGCGGAGAUGAUCAUGCUCUUGCCGACUCAGGACCCCAGGGCGACACCACGGCUCUGGGGUUCUCCCAUCAUUCUCUGCAGCAGACCUUGGCCACAUACAGAUAUGAGAAUGCUCUCAUCAAAACAGAGUUGGCGGCAACACUUGAGCGACAUGCACGGGAAAUGGAGGAGCUGAAGUUGAAGUAUCAGUCCCAGAUGAAGGAGAUUGAACAGCAGAGAUUAUAUUCAGAGAGGCAAAUACAAGAAAUAGAAGAUAGAUAUACAGACCAAGAAAGGAAAAUGCAGCAGGCAAAUCUGAAUUUACAACAGAGAAUAAAGGCAACUGAGGAGGACCUAGAGGAAGCAAACAGAAUGAGGGAGAAAGGGAAGAGGGAACGAAGCGAGGCAGAAGAGGAACACCACAGCCAGGUCACGGCUCUUCAGAACACGCUCCAGUCUCUCAAGAAUGAGAAUAACCAGCUGAGAGAGACCUUGGACCGAUUGCAAGGGUCUCUGGACAAGGAAAAAACAACAUCUCGCGAACUCUGCACGACGCUCAAUGCGGAAAAGCAUCAACAGCAUUUGAUCAAGAGUCGACUAACUGAGGUUGAACAGCAGUGUCACGUCAAAUUAACAGCAGCCCAAGCAGAGGCAGCCCAGGUUCGCAAAGCCAAGGAACAGGAAUCAGCAUCAGCCGCUAAACGAAUCGAGGAGCUCAUGAGUACUCUAGAGGAAGAAAGAGCAGCACUCCUUCGCGUCAAGGAGAGAGCUGCGGCCAAGGAGGCAGAGCUCGAGAGAAGAAUACUGGACCAGCGGCAGUCUCAGCUCACGAAUUCUCACCAGUUGGUUCAGCAAAAUUCCCAGCUUUUAGAGCGAAUAAAGAGCCUGGAAGCCACCAUAAGCAGUCUAGAGGGGAAAAGUGAUGGCCGUGUCCAUGAGCUUGAGCAGACCGUGCAGAACACAGUCGAAAGGCUCCACAAGGAGGAACGGGAGAAAGCCGUGCUCAAUGCUCGUGUCGCUACCUUGGAGAGCCUUGAGUCCUUGCUAAAGCGGGAGAAAGAAGAGAACUCGAGCCUGCGAGAGGAGCUCCACCGACAGGAAGCCGAGGGCCAGAGAAUGGGGAACCUAAAUAAAGACAUGCAAAGGCAGAUACAGGAUUUGAAAACCAGAGUGGCCGAGGUCCAGAGCCAAGAAGAAUCCCUCAGGACAAAAAUGGACAAGGACACCGUAAAAUGGGAUCAACAGCUAUCAGACCAAAGGAUCAGCCACCAAGAGGAACUGGACCAUCUAAGAGCGAGGAUUACCACACUGCAGACGCAACUUAAUGACAAGAACAAGAGUUACUUGGAGGAAUGCAGUCACCUGAAGCAGAAAGUACGUACCUAUGGCAAGCUGAUCAAGAAACUGCGCUACAAGCUUGAGGUGGAAGAAGUGCAGAUGGAGCGACUGGAGGCUCAAAGGGCCGCUCUGCAGGAUAAUGUCCCAUCACACGUCCACAGGCGACUCCAACACCAGCUGCAAGACAUGACCCGGAAGCAUAAUGAGUUCGCAGCCUUUAUUCGCGGUUUGAGUGAAUUUCAGUCUGCUUUGCCACAGUUAAACGAACUGACAAGCUGCAUGGGUGCAGUGGGGCAGAAGCUGAGUGAACUGGAGGAGGACCAGCUGCACUGCCUCUCAGAGCUCGAGUCCCUGUGACAGAACCUGAAAACGUCCUCAUCUCCGGAGCUGCUCUCACGUUCGGGUGGUUCCUAAGCCUUUGGGGAACACUUUGAGCAUGAGUCCCUGUGACAGAGGAGGAAGAUAUCCUCGUCUUUGGAGGUGCUCUCAAGGACAGGUGGUUCCUGACACAGUAUGGAACUGUCUUUGGAGUAGCCUGAAAUCUUUUGUCUUUUUAUUUUAUGAUUAUUGUUUUUUAUAUGUGACCUUUAGGUAGCUUUGAUGAUUGAAGAUUGUGAUCUUAAAAUGGUGUAGCUGAAUCAUGAAGCCUCUUUUUCUUUGAAGGUGGCACAAAAAGAGUUUUAUAAGAAGAUAUAUAGUUCCUCUGUCAUCAUUGAUGAAUCACUUUCAUUUGUUAUUGAUUACAAGAUUAUUAUGUGAGAAAGUGAUCCUGUUAUAUUACUCAGGGUUUUUUAGUACUAAUGAAGACUAUUUAAUUAAGCCAGAUCUGAAUACAAAGGCAUACAGCAGGUACAUAUAUAAAAAAUAAGUUGGUAGUAAUUAGCUGAAACAAAGAUACUCUUAACCCUUAAAGAGCAGGUGGCACAACAUUACUUUGUUGAUGGGAAGAAAGGGUGGCAUAAUAUUAUGUCUAGGGCUCAAGGGAGGGUACAAUUUUGCUUGCCUGAGGGGAAAACUUCAUUAUAUGCCUGCUUUAUUAGUUGAUGAGGCAAUGUAAAGUGACCUUGUAACACUGAUAUAGCUUAAAUAGUAGUAUAUGUAUUUUUGUACUCUGUUGGUUUAUAAUCAAGCAGCUAAAGGAAUAAGUAAUGACCUCCAUCACUUACCAGGUAGCUACUUCUAUAAAAUAAUAACAAAGCACAUUUCCAUGUUAGAUUAUUUUGUGUGAUGAAAAGAAACUGGAUUUUUUAGCUAAUGUCCAGAAAUACACAAGAGAGAGAAAAAAAAUAUAUAUAUAUAUUAAAGUAAAGAGAAGCCAUUGAUUAUUGGAUAUACCAUAUAUAUGUAUAAUACAUAUGAUUUUCACUGUAAAAUUUAGGAUAUGACAUUGGUUCUUUACACUUACAACUCACCUUGGAUGUGCAGCUCUUCUGCAGAUGUAUUUGUGUGUGCAUGUGUGUGUGUUGCAUACAGUUUGCUUUUUUUUUUGCAAUACUGUCCAUUGUUUUAGAGGUUCAUGACAUUAUUGUAUUGAUCUCAUCACUUGUGUGUUUAUAAAUGCAUGUUUAUACAAUAUGUUGAAAAAUUAGCCUGUUGAAUGCAUCGGAUCAUCAUAAUUAGAGCAGCAUUAUAAUUUACUCAUUAAGAUAAAUACUACUUGAAGCUAGACAUUUUGGAAAACACUGUCCUGUGGAAUUUUUCCGAGGAAUAGAGAGAAUGAUUUGAGAUGUGAUAUAUAUUUUUUUACAUUAUGGAUAAUGAAAGGUAAUUGAACAAGCUCAUCAUGAAUGAUACUGACCCAAAAUUUAUAAUCAACAUUAAUUGACAAUACCUUAUCUCCAUCAUUAUGAGCUUCCAGAUAUGUGUAGUAUAGAGUGAUGAAAAAAGGCAGUAAAUAUGUAUUUGAUUGAAGUAAUUAUUGGACCCAUUGUCAAUGCAUUUUAAGAUGUAUUACAAAGGAAAAAGACUAAUAAAAUGCUUAGUAAUGAAUUAGUAUGUCAGUUUAUAACAACUGUUCUGUUAUUACUAGGAAACAAGGUUUCCAUUGUAUAGAAUAUUAGAUGUGCAAUAAAAAUAUAUCAAUAUGCAGCAGCACAUGAAAAAAAAAAAACAUGCAUGUGUUCCUAUGUAUGUGUGUGUACGUGUGUAUAUGUAUAUAUAUUUACUAUUUUUCACAUAUAUUUCUAAAGUCUUUUGUGUGAUGUCUCGGAGCAUCACAAGUUUGUAAAAAAAGAUGCAGCUAAUAAUUGUGUACUUACAAACUGACAAAUCACAUGUAUAAAUUGGAUGAUUUAUCAAUAUGUGUCUAUUUUUGUGCAGAGAAUAAAAUAUUUCCAAAG